UGUUAUUCAAUGAAUGUGCCAAUGAGCAUCUGCGUUGCUAAGGGCUAACAUAGAAGUCAUUCCUAUUUCUGACGCAGAUCGCGCUGCAAGUCCUGCCUCUCCCAUCUCCUCAUUGGUUUACGCUUUGAUACACCAGAAGUACAUUAAUUUCCACUGGAACUCUGCGCUUGCCUUGCAGCAUUGUGUUGCAGAGGCAGUUUCAGUGCGUUCUGUGUGGUGCAUAUUGGAUUUUUCGAACGUAUGCAUCAAAUUGUAUGCAUUGAAUUGACAGAAAGUAGCAAAAUGUGAAUGUUGAAUUUUUAUUGCACACAUAUCAAGGAAAAAAAAAAGUGGGAUAACAUAAUUAAAACAGUUUGGCUGUAGAAUUUCUUUAUUUUUUUGUAUAAAUGUAUUUGCCAAGUAUAUUAUUUAUUCGAUGACAUCCACAAAUUAAUUGUGAGAGAGAGCCUAUCAUAUAAUUUCCCUCCAAAAUGCAGUUUUGGAGCGAAAUGCAAUAAUAAAUAGUCAAGAUAGCAGAGUAGGAUCUUUCAACAAUGAGACGAACAUUGAGGAAGGUGGUCUUGAUCGUGCUGUUGGACCGGGACCAGCCCCGCUGAAAGUGCCGUUCUGUGUGGGUCCAGAGAUGGUUAAAGUCCCGAAAGCAAGUAGGGGAGUACCACCGUCUCAUUCAAGAGCUUCGACUGUUUGGAAGAGGAAUUCCGAAGUUACUUUCGUCUGGACCGAAGCCUGUUCGAUCACCUGCUCCAGAUGGUCGGAGCCAGGAUCGCUCGAAUGGAUACCAACUACCGGGAGUCCAUCAGCCCAGAUGAACGCCUGGCAAUUUGUCUCCGGUAAGCUAAAUUCUAGUACAUUUUUAAAGCCUUUGAUAGCAUAAUUGAUUGAUAUUUGAUAUAUUGCUUUUAUGUGCAAGCUAAAGGGCUCUCUAGCUAAUAGUCCCUAUUUGACAUCAGAUGUAUUUUUACAGAAUGUCCAUUAGGACUAUAACUUUUCCCAAAGUUGGUUUAUAAUCCUUUUUUAAUUAUGCAAUGUUACCAAAUGAAAAGAAAGUUGGGGUGCCUUCUGCUCUGAUGAAGGUAGGCUAGUCUUCUCCAGGACCCAUUGGUUCAAGACAGUUAGUCAUUCAUUACGUUCUUAUUGGACUCGCAUUCACUCUUAAAGAAAAGGGUUCUGAAAGUGUCCUUCUGCUUUCCCCAUAGGUUAACACUUUUUGGUUCCUGGUAUAAAAAGGUUAUACAUGGAAUCAAAAAGGGUUCUCCUAUGGGGACACCCGGAGAACCCUUUUAAGUAGAUGGUACCAUUCUUUCUAAGAGUAGAGUUGGCCUGGGCUACAGUUUAUUGAUAUAGUCAUAGACUGAAUUGUACUGUUUCAAGGCAUUGUUAAUGAUGGUUGAUGAGUAUUACAAUAUAAUUAGUAGAGCAUAAUAUACAGUAAUGAGUAACAGUACUCAGUAUGAGUAGAUAAAAUAUGUGGGUGGAAUUCAAGUUACACACACUGUUGAUAAUUAUUUUGAAUUAUAUUUUAGAUUCUUGGCGACGGGACUCCUACAGGACCAUCAGAUUCAGCUUCCGAGUUGGACGGUCCACGGUGGCAGGCAUUGUCCCCUCUGUGGCACAAGCCAUUUGGGACUGUCUGGUUGGUGAAUACAUGUCUCUCCCCAAGGAGGAAGAUUUGAGGGGUAUCGCUGCCGAGUUCCUGGAGAGGUGCUAUUUCCCCAACUGUCUUGAGUCCAUUGCCGGGAAACAUGUGGUAAUCCAGGCUCCACCGUGCUCAGGUUCACAAUUCUACAACUGCAAGGGUACAUAUUCAGUUGUACUCUUGGCUGUAGUAGAUGCCAUCUGCGGUUUCCGUGUUGUCAAUGUUGGUGCUUACGGCAAGGGAAGUGAUGGCGGGACCCUCCGGGACUCUGCCUUCGGCCAGGCAUUUCAGGAUGGCACCCUGGAGAUUCCACCACCUGCAUCACUCCCUGGGGCAGAAGACCUGGGACCUGUUCCCCACGUCUUCGUCAGCGACGAAGCCUUCCCUUUGGACACCAGCUGCCAUUGCCAAAGCCUGUAAGGAUCUUUAACAUACGACUGUCCAGGGCAAGGUUAGUUGUUGAAUGUGCCUUUGUGAUUCUGGCAGCCCGGUGGAGAAUGUAUCGGAGAGUGCUUGGUCUCAGUCCCUCAAAUGUUGAUGCCUGUGUGAAGGCCACAUGUGUUCUCCACAACUACCUGCGGAGGUCUUUUCCAGGAGCCGCUCUGGAUGAAGAUGUGCACGCCAAAUGGUUACCUACCUGUCACCAGGGCAGGUGCCAACAACACCCCCAGACAGGCACUCCAGUUUGAAUGGGCAUGGCAGAAUCCCCACUCCUCCCGACGCCUGUCCCACGUCACCCGGCGCUCAAAGAAGGAAUCCAGCCUGCAGUUCCACUGGCGUGUGGUGUCCAACAUGUUGCGGGUGAUGCCGUGGAGCCGCCUGCCCCUCACCACCCGCUGGCUCAAGCAGGAGUACAGGAUGGACUUUGAGCCUGGCCUUCAGCCGCCGCUGCACAUCCCUUUGGCCUUCGGCAGCAUCAGGGCCAGGAAACAGAAACCGAAGGAUGUGGAAGAGGAACAAGAGGAGAAGGGUGCAGAUAUAUGCCUCCUUUGUCAGGGGACUGUUAAGUCUGCAGAUAAGAUGACCUGCUUCCAUCCCUUAUGUCACAUGACCAGCCACCUGAUUUGCUUAGCCAAACACUUUCUGACGGGUGAGGCCGCACAUCUCCUUCCUGUGGAGGGGGAGUGUCCCGGUUGCCGUCACUCAGUACUGUGGGGGAGUCUGAUUCGCCACAAGAAUGGCUGUUACGGAGACCUGGAGAAGAACACAACCUCAUCCCAAAACCAUUGGACAGAUGAACUGCAGUUCUAAUCUGAAUGUGAUCAGUCAGAACCUUCCUAAUAUGAACUUUGAACUGCUACCGAGUCACCAUGACUGUACAGAGAAAAGACUGCGAAGAUAGGAUGAAAUACAGUAGAUCAAUGACUAGCAAGUUACUCUUUAAUGGACUUCCUGCAACAGCAAAGGGUUGAUCAAUUGAUUGAUCCAUCAGAAGAUUUAAUGUAUGCACAAAAAUCAUGCUGAUCUGGUGUGAAAAAUGUUUUUAAUGCAGCAUCUGAACCCUUUUUAUAUUGUAUCUGUUAACUAAAAAACAAUCAUGAAUAACGCAGUUUUAAAUGUGUGUGUAAAACCUAUAUGUAUUGUAUGUACAACCAAUAAAACAUAGAUGCUUUGUUUUGGAGCCAAGGAAAGCA